UGCAAUUGAGGCUCCAGGGUCAUUCACGAUCAUGAUGUUUCAUGGUCGACAUCCGAUUGCUCAACGGCGGCCCUGACAUGCAGCGCUGGCUCUUUUGGGAAGCCCCUAGAGGUAUGCUUUUGGAUGUGUCGUAUCGCAAGACUCGAUAGUUACACAUCACGGCCAAUCGGUGAGCUAUCUCUUUCUGUUCCUCACUUCAGAGUUUCUUUACCACCUGUGCAAAACAUUCAGCUUCCCGGUCUCCGAGCGUGGACUGAUUGGAUCGAUGGGCCUCAAGCGCUGCAAGCGCUACAUAUCUCAUCCAGACUGCCAACAAACAGCAAGUGGAUGUUUCCUCUCCUGCUGCCAUGUCCAACGGGUAGCUGCCGCACGCCAAGACACCUCCUUUGCAAGUGCAAGUGGCAGCAAUGUCUUAAACUGGUGCCAUCGAGGUACCUCGCAUUGGAUCACUGCACUAGCGUCGUACAAGUAAGCUACGGCGCACGGACUAGCCUACGGGUACCUUUCCACGACCAACGGGCAGGACCAACCAAUCUUCAACCUUUUUCACCUCACAUCGAUCACGCUGCAGUUGCACCCACCGACAACACCACUGCACUCCAGCACCACUCCAGCACCACUCCAGCACUCCUUCAGCAGUGCAACUCGCGGCAUCGUGACCGCCGAUCUAACCGACGUGACAGCGCAUUGCGCGCGUGGUUCCGUUACAACCUUCCUGCCUUUGGACCGACAGCCGCAGCGCGCAAUUUGGCGGCCGGCUCGCUCGCGUGUAUACGGAUGCCAGGCCCGAUUUCCGGAAGCCGGGACGCCUGAUAGGGGAUCCGGUGCGGAGGCGCCCGUCGGAUGGCAGUCUAUGACACGGCCAGUGCUGCUCCGC